CUGUUUCUUUUUAUUUUUCUCCUCUAUGAUGGCGCUAACUCACGAAAAUACGGCGUGUUAUUUUGGUUAAUUGGUGCAUGUAAAGUAAAGGUUUAUCAAAACUUUUCGGAAUUGCACGAAUAUUACUUUGAACCGUACUAAAUUAACAUGGUUACACGAUUGCACGUUAACAAUGAAGAUCUAAUUGAUCGAGAUGAGUCUGAAUUACAUUUCAUGCCAUGCAAAAUUCACGGGGACGAAACCGCAAAUAUUUCCUCUUACUUCAAGCCUUACAUUCAUAGCACAGACGAAGAAUACUACAAUAGUUCCUUCCGUGGAUAUCCACUUCAGGGGAAGAAGGUAACUAUACCUGCUGAAUAUAGAGGUAUAAUACUUAUGGAGAAUAAAAAGAUCAAUACUGAAACUAAAGAGAGGAAUUUAUAUUGCACGGGAACCUUUUCGAAGUUUACAUAUUGGAAUUAUGAUAGAAUACCAUCCAAAAAUGACACUCUUGUGGCUGCUUUAGAUUGGGUUGACAUAGCUAAAGUGUUACACUCACCAGAAAUGUAGGUGAUACCAGGAAACUAUUUUUACAGAAUAUACAAGGAAUAAAUAUAUAUUCUUGCCAAAUGUUAUAUUUUUAUACUUUGAUAGAGAAGAGAAACAAUAAAUAUGUGUUUUAUACAACAUAUUUAUUUUUACAGUAUUAUAAUUGGAUUAUUAUACCAUAAAUACUUAUAUAAUCUAUAAUAAUGAGCAUAAGAAUGUAUGAUUAAUUGUAAGAUGCAUAAAGAGAGAGAGAGAGAGAAAGA